AUGAGGCGACUCAGCAGCCCCACUAUUGGCUUCGCUGCUUCGGCGCUCACCAUACUUUGUCUCCUUCGUAGUGGCAUUGCCCAGUACGACAGCUGCACCGGCGGAAACGUCACCGACAUCGGCAACGGUAACUGUGACGCAGUCCUCAACGUCGCUUCGUGCGGCUACGACGGGGGCGAUUGCUGCUCGUGCACAUGCAACGACGGCCCUUUCCACCUCUGCGCCGAUAGCGACUUCGACUGCGUGUACCCAGAAUGUGGCGACCCAGCAGUCACCUCUUCGGAUGCGGUCUGCGAUGAGGAUAUGCAAGGCGACGGAAUGUGCAACGAGGAGAACAACAGCGCUGCGUGCGGAUACGAUGGGGGCGAUUGCUGCGAAUGCUCCUGCGUCGAUGGACCGCUAUUCGAAUGUGGGAGCUUUUCGAUCUUCGGCUGUCGCGACCCGGCUUGCUAUGAUCCCGCUCUUGUCGCCGAGUUCCCCGAUUGCACGGGGGACUGGUUCAAGAUCGGCGACGGGGCGUGCAACCCUGAGAACAACAUCGCUUCAUGUGGCUACGACGGGGGCGAUGGUGGCGAGCUCGAUUGCGUUGAUCCUAGCGCUCCCGAAGAGUUGUACGAGUGCGAGGCACCGCCGAUCACCACCACGCCUUGCCCCGCUGACUCGGAGUGGAACUGGGUGGUGGGCGACUCUGAGCAGGCGCUGGCGCUGGCGUUAGCCAUCAACUGCUCCGGGGGGUCGUUUGAGGUGGAAUGGGUAGGAACUGUUGUCGUCAACGAGACAAUCUUCGUCACCGAUGGGACGGUUCUAACGAUAACCGGGGCUGCAGGCUCGAACGCCGCUUUGGAUGGCAACUCCGCAACGAGGCUGUUUACCGUCGUCAACGCUGCCCUGCACGUGAGCGGAAUCAACAUUAGCCACGGCGCUAGCAUCUCCGGAGCGGCGAUCGCCGCCGGGGGGUCCACCUUAACGUUCAACCAAACAAACUUCAUCGGGAACGUCGCUUCGGGUAACGGCGGAGCCGUGUUCGUGUCGGACGGAUCUCUUGUGUCGUGCGCUGAUGGGACUACCUUCACCGAAAACGAGGCAGGAAUCGACGGCGGCGCCAUGUACGUGACGGGGGGUUCGGCAGUCUCAUGCGGCGGUUGGUGGUUCAGCAACACGGCUGCCAUCCGCGGUGGCGCGAUGAGGGUGCAGCACGAAUCGAGCGCGUCGUGGAGCGAGAGCGCCGUCUUCGCCGGUAACACCGCUGGAGCUUUUGGUGGUGCCCUGAGCGUAGUAAAAUUCUCCAGCGUAUCGUGGGACGCCUCCACAGACUUCUACUACAACAGCGCCGCGGUGACCGGCGGCGCGUUGAGCGCCAGCACCGCCUGCAGCUUGUCAUGGAGCGCCCAAACGGGGUUCUACUCGAACAGUGCUGGGCUCUGGGGGGGUGCCGUGUUCGUUUACGACGAUUCAAACGCUUCGUGGGGUGGGGAGACAACCACCGUGUUCGACGGAAACCAAGCCGCAGAAUUAGGAGGAGCUGUGGUAAUGCUCGGGAGCACUCUAUCUUGCGAAGGUAACACGACCAGCACGUUUUCCGGCAAUUCAGCUCCCGACGGUGGUGGUCUUUACGCUACCCUGUCUACGUUGUCGUUUGGCGGCAAAUCGCUCUUCGAGAAUAACCACGCCAGUGGCAACCCGGAAUUAAACGGCACUGGAAGUGGUGGUGCUGUCUACUUGUUGGACUCCACUGCUUCGUGGGUUGGGGAGACGGAGAUUUUCAACAAUUCGGCCCUACUCUACGGGGGGGGUAUAGCGAUGUUUUACUCGACGGCCUCCUGGGAGGGAAACACCACGGUAUCGUACAACUGGGUCGAAGACCCGGGCAGCGACUUCGACGGAGCCGCAGGCGGUGGCAUCAAGAUGUUUUAUGACUGCAAUGCGGUUUGGGGCGGAGGAAUGACACAGUUCAUCGGCAACGACGCUGCGUACGGCAGUGCGAUUCACAUGGAUAGAUCCGUUGGGUCGUGGAGUGGACCGAUGAGGUUCCUUGGGAAUUCCGCUCGCACGUUUGGUGGUGUGUACAUCGACGAGUCUGAAGUGUCUUGGACUAGAGAGACGGAGUUCAUCAACAACACUGCGUUGAGCGGAGGCGCCAUUUUCCUUCGGAACGGGUCUACCGCAAGCUGGACCGGCGAUACCAAUUUCACAUCGAAUCAUGCCUUCCUCGACGGUGGUGCUAUUGUAUCCCCUGAGUUCGACGACAAAUUCAACCUCGAAGACUCCGCCAUCCUGAUCAACGGGACCACAUCAUUCUUCAACAAUGCGUGCGGAGGGAACGGGGGUGCCGUGAAUCUUCUCGGGGUGUGUGACUUGGUCGUGGACCCGGCGGCGAGCGUCCGCUUCACAGAGAACGCUGCCGCAGUCGCGGGGGGAGCGGUAUUCGUGUCUGGCGCUGGUGCCGGCCCUGCGUUCGCCAACACCACCUUCACGUCCAACUCGGCCCAGGUAGGAGGUGCGGUGGCCGUGUUCGGUUCCGGAAACUCGAAAGGCGUCGCCGACAUCGAGCCGCCAAACCCGACAACCUUCGAGCGGUGUUGGUUCCUCGGCAACCGAGCGACAGCGACCGGCGGGGCGAUCGAUAGCGCGGCCGGGCACGACUACUUUGUGGACACCACGUUCGAGGACAACGCGGCGGGGACGGGGGGGGCGUUAAGACUAGCGGGUACGGCUUCCAUCAACAGUUGUUCGUUCGUGGAGAACUUCUCCGAUGACGAAGGAGGGGCAGCUGUAUCCAACAUCGGCACGGUUGAAAGCACGGAAAACAUCAGUUUCAGCGCAAACGGGUUCGACUGCCCCUCGGGAACAUUCCUGGGCUAUAACGCGUCGGCAGAUCUCUUCGAGGCCGUCUGCAACGGAUGCCAGACUACGUGCGUUGGAUGCGCCUUCGCCGACCCUCUCCUGGUUCCGACAUGUACGGACCUCCUCGAGCAUUCCACAAGCUCCGAUGGGAGAGACACCCUUGAGACGCUAUCAAUCCAGGCCGGGUAUUGGCGCGCCACCACGUCUGGCACAGAAGUUCUCGCCUGCUACCACGCCGACUCCGGUCUUGGAGGGGUCACGGGAACAUCUGGCUACUGCCUGGAGGGCUACGAAGGGCCAUAUUGUGCCGUUUGCAGCGAGGGGUACUCAGCACAGUUGGGCUUCACCUGCCGUACCUGCUCCGACAGUGCCGGAGGUAUCGCGCUCGCAGCUGCUCUUGCCGUAGUGGGCCUCGUCGCUCUCGUCGCUGUUGUAUCGUACGUGACUUCUGGGGAGGAGGACGGAAAGGGAAGAGGGAUUGUCGAGCGCGUGGGGCGGUACAUUCCACUCCAAUCCGUGAAGAUCGUCGUUGUGGCCUGGCAGAUCAUGACACAGUUCACCAACGUGGCGAACGUCACGUACCCACACGUGUACCAAAACUUCCUGAACGGCCUGGAAGUGUUCAACUUCGACCUCAGCUGGAUCCUCUCCGCCGGCUGCGUUGUCGACGUCGACUUCCACGACCGACUGCUAAUGGCCACCGUUGGCCCGAUAUUCGCGGCGCUUCUCCUGGCUUGCACCUACGCCGCCGCCGUUCGCAUCCACCGCGGAGCUACCGAGACCCUGGAAAACGUGCGGCACAAGCAUGUGUUCAUGCUGCUGCUGACGUUCUUCGUCUACUCGAGUGUAAGCGCUACGCUGUUCAGGACUUUCGCGUGCGAGACACUAGAGGACGGCAAGACGUACCUGCUUGCGGACUACCGCAUCGAGUGCGACUCCUCCAAGCACAAGGGUUUCGAGGUGUACGCAGGCUUCAUGGUAUUGCUGUUCACGGCCGGCAUCCCUGCACUCUACAGCUUCCUACUUUUCAGAGACCGCGACGUGCUGAAGGGGAGGGAGGCGGCCGGUCAAGACCUACGUUCUCGCGCCACAUCCACCUCCGACCUGUGGAAGCCAUACAAGCCGUCCGUGUUCUACUACGAGGUGGUCGAGUGCGCGCGACGUGUUCUGCUGGCUGGGGUGGUCGUGUUCAUCUACCCGAACUCUUCGGCUCAGAUCGCGAUAACGCUGGCACUCGCUUUCAUCUUCGUGCUGAUCUCGGAGGGCUUGGCCCCGUACGCGUCCAGGUGGGACACGUGGAUCAACCGCAUGGGGCACGUGGCCGUUGUCGCGUCGAUGUACCUCGCGCUCUUGCUGAAGGUGGACGUGUCGAAGGAGCGGUCGAGUAGCCAGGGGGUGUUCGAGGCUGUCCUUGUCGUCGCCCACGUGGUUAUGGUGGUUGUGGUGGUGGUGGAGACGCUCGUGCUGGCGCUGGCCCUGCGAGCGGGACGUCGCGGAGGCCAACAUCUGCAAGAAGACCGGUGGCCAAGGUUCCGCAACAGCGGCAACGUGAUAGGCCAAAGCCCGGGCGAGCAAGGAGUGGCACACUGGGAACAGGAAAACCCUUUCGCCGACCACGUACACACCAGGAGAGAGGACAACCCUACGCUCAUUGGGUGA